GACCUGUGACGUCGGGGUUUUAUAACGCAGAAUUUCUACAUAAAUAAUAAAAGGCUUUGUGGUAAGCUGUUUGUGAGUUCCAGCUUUGACUGUGGUGUGUUGUCCCAAUGCUGCAUAUGUGGGUGUCAAACAUAGGGGCGUCGAUCUAAUGCUGUUGGUGAAGAGCUGAGAGGUGUUUUUCCAUCAUGGAGGCUGUGGUUGACAUCCUAAAUGUAUUCCACAUUGAGACAAGUGGAUUGUCUGUGACUCUCAGCCUCUUCCUCAUCUUUCUAGGUCUUCUUUAUUGGUAUUCAGUUUACCCAUUUUCAGUCCUUUCAAGAUGUGGCAUCAAACAUCCAAAGCCGAUACCUUUCUUUGGCAACAUAUUCCUGUUUCGCCAGGGUUUUUUCAACCCCAUCACUGACCUCAUAAGGACACAUGGCAGAGUUUGUGGGUAUUAUUUGGGGCGCAGACCGGUGGUGGUUGUAGCAGACCCUGACAUGCUGAGACAAGUGAUGGUCAGAGACUUCAGCAGUUUCCCGAACAGAAUGACUAUUCGCUUUGCAACAAAGCCCAUGAGUGACUGUUUGCUCAUGUUGAGGAAUGAACGCUGGAAGAGAGUGCGGAGCAUCCUGACCCCGUCCUUCAGUGCUGCCAAGAUGAAAGAGAUGGUUCCACUCAUCAACACAGCCACUGAUGCCCUGAUGAACAACCUGAAUGUGUACGCUGAGUCGGGAGAGGCCUUUGACAUCCACAGGUGUUUUGGCUGCUUCACCAUGGAUGUUAUCGCCAGUGUGGCAUUUGCAACUCAGGUGGACUCUCAGAACAACCCAGAUGACCUGUUUGUUCGCCAUGCUCAGAUGUUCUUCUCCUUUUCUUUCUUCAGGCCCAUCAUGCUGUUUUUCAUUGCUUUUCCUUUUAUUGCGGCUCCUCUGGUGAGACUCAUCCCCAACAGAAGACGAGACCAGAUGAAUCAAUUCUUCAUAAACAGCAUCCAGAAGAUCAUCAAGCAGAGAGAGGAGCAGCCUCCUGAACAGAGGCGACGAGACUUUCUUCAGCUGAUGUUGGAUGCUCGAACCAGUAAAGAGUCUGUGUCUUUGGAGCACUUUGACGCCAUGAACCACGCUGAUGAAUUCAACCACAGGAACCAGCAAACUCAGCCGUCGACCUCGGAUCAGGACAAUAGCUGUCUUCACCCGCAGGAGCCACACACUCGGCGUCCUCAGAAAAAGAUGAUGACCGAAGAUGAGAUCGUGGGGCAAGCGUUUGUCUUCCUCCUGGCCGGCUACGAAACCAGCAGCAACACGCUGGCCUUCACCUGCUACCUCCUGGCCAUCCACCCCGAAUGUCAAUGCAAAGUACAGGAGGAAGUGGAUGAGUUCUUUACCAGAUAUGAGUCACCAAAUUACACAAAUGUCCAGGAGCUGAAAUAUUUGGACAUGGUUAUAUGUGAAGCAUUGCGCCUCUACCCUCCUGGAUUCAGGUUUGCACGAGACAUUGACUGUGACUGUGUGGUGAAUGGCCAGUUCCUCCCCAAAGGAGCAACACUGGAGAUCCCAGCAGGCUUCCUCCAUUACGAUCCAGAGUACUGGCCAGAGCCUGAGAGGUUCAUCCCUGAGAGAUUCACACCAGAGGCCAGGGCUAGUCGACAUCCAUUUGUAUACCUGCCGUUUGGGGCUGGUCCCCGUAACUGUGUGGGGAUGAGGCUUGCUCAGCUGGAGAUCAAAAUGGCUUUAGUUUGCAUGUUUCACAAGUACAGCGUUGUGGCCUGCUCUGAGACAAAGGUUCCUCUUGAGUUGAAGUCAUCAAGCACUUUAGGACCUAAAAAUGGCAUAUUUGUGAAAAUCUCAAGAAGGAACUUGGGAGGAGGUCAAAUGAAUUCUCCAUCAGAUGAUUAGAAACUCACCGUUCAUCUUCUUGGAAAGGUAGAAAUAUUCUAUGAAAAGUUACAAACCAUCCUGUAGGUUCGUGUUGUGACAGUGACACACAGUGUGUGAGCAAUUUUCUCCUUCUGUAAUUACCUUUAAAUCAUAAUAUUUCCAUAGACUACCUUAACAUUAAAUAAGAGUGCACUGCAUACCUCCAUUACUGAGCUCAUCUAGUGCCUUUUUUCUUGAGGAGUGAGCUGGAAAGUUGACAGGAUCAUUAUUGCUAUGGUGUAAUGAUAAAUGAUGUAGUGUGGCUGGUCCAAUCAGGCAGUGUGGACAACACCGUUGAGGUCCCUCUGAUCUCCCUACUGAUACCAUCAUCAGUUAUUAUGGUGAUGAAAAAAUAAGGGUGACAGAGAGAGCUUGGAGAAAUGUGAAUGAAGAUAUGAGCAAACAAAGGAGGAGUAUUAUGAUCUACUGAAGGAGAGCAGCUCUCAACCUCUUACCUCAUUGUAUAGCAAUACUGAAUAUUUUUUAAAAUCAAUUUGUAAAUAGAAAUGUUUCCUCAAACAUGUUGCUUGCAGGGAGCAGGUUACAUUUUUAUUAACAUAUUUCUGUAUCAUUUAAGCUACACAAAGCUGAAAGCUGCUAUUUUAGAGUGAAACAGUGGAUAUUAGGUUUUAAAGUUUCACUUUUCUGGUUGAAUUUUAACCAGUGCUUGAGAGUGGUUCUGAGUUUAUUCAUUCUAAAUGCAACCCUGAAUUUAUUUUGGUCUUGAGUGUAUGCAAUAAGAAAUUUACUGAUGAUGAAUUCAGAUGUUUCUGUGAAACAUAUCCCUGAAUUGUGUACACUAAAAUGGAUUAGAUACCACUAAUGUGUAACUAAAUAUUCUCACAUAAUCAUGAUAAAUAAAAACAAACUAUUUAACUGGCA